UCUCUUUCAUGUUACAAACACAAUUCCUAACCUUCAACUCUUCUUCCACAUUUCUCAACAACACAAAGCCUAACAAAAUCACUCACAAAAAAAUACAUUUUUUUUCUUAAAAGAAGGAGCGGAGAACAAAGAAGGAAAAAGAAUGGCCUCAUUCCUGAAUCACUCCUCCAUGAUUCUUUUCUUUGCUUGCACCCUUUUCCUCCAAGGUGCAUUAGGGGAAAGCAUAUGUGAAAACUUGCCAACAAAUGUUUGUUCCUUUUCCAUCGCGUCAUCUGGGAAGAGAUGUUUAUUGGAGAACUCAGAGAAUAAAGAUGGAAAAAUGGAGUACCAAUGUAAGACAUCAGAGGUUGUAGUUGGAAACAUGGCAGAAUAUAUUGAAACAGAUGAAUGUGUAAAUGCAUGUGGUGUUGAUAGGAACUCUGUGGGGAUUUCUUCAGAUUCUUUGCUUGAACCUCAUUUCACAGCAAAACUUUGUUCUCCUCCUUGUUAUCAGAAUUGCCCUAACGUUGUUGAUCUUUACUUCAAUUUGGCUGCAGGAGAAGGAGUAUAUUUGCCAGAAUUAUGCAACAAGCAAAGGAGCAGCCCACACCGUGCCAUGAUUGAACUAUUAAGCAGUGGAGCUGCAAUUGAUGCCCCUGCCCCUAUUGCUUCUGAAGAUGAAGUUGUUGUUGAUGCUCCUGAAAUUUCCCCUUCUUCUUUCUAAUUUACAUGCAUAAUCGUCUACGUAUGUAUUAUUCUAAGUCAUUUUCCUUGUGAAUUCGUGCAAAGGAAACGACAACAAGUGUUUUAUUAUUUGUUACAUAUAUGUUACCAUUGUAAUAGUUAUUGUAGUAUAUAUAGUGAGAGAGCCAGGGAGGGAGAGAUAGGAUUUGAGUUUAUUGUUGAUUUUCAUAUGUAGGGUUUAUAGAAAAUUGUUGCGAGAGAAUCUGUUCACCAGUUUUUCUUCGGCUGAGACUUCAAUAAAGAUUAUCUUUAUUUA